AAAAACGUAUGUAUUCGGAACUCAGCCGGUUUCUUUCGAACCGGAUGCUUUUAUUUCCUUGCUUAUUUAUUAUUCUAACCGUGUGCCUUCCUCUGCAGAAGAAGCCAAGAAAAUGCUGCCCACUGAGAAGACACCGGCUAGGUCGGCUGCCGACAUCCGGAAAGCCAAUCUCGAGAAAAAACUUGCUGCCCAGGCGGCGAAGAAGGACGGGAAGCAGAUGCCCCGGUCCCUUCAAAAACAGGUCAGGCCUCCGCCGACCCAACAAGAGUCUGCAUCCAAGGUGCAGAAGACAGCCGACCGGCAAACUACCGGCGGCAAAUCAAUAAGGGUCCCAGACGGGCCUGGAUCUGCGGAUGUGCUUUCUGCCAUCCCAUUGAGGACCGCAACCGGUCCCUCUGAAGGCCGUUCGGGCCGCCAAGAUAAUUCUCCCCGCUGGCCGGACGGGGCACAAUAUGCCCGGGCCAUGCUGAAAGCCGUCCCCAGGGACGAAAAGGAGGCGAUCCCUGGGAUCAACUCCUUUAAUGCCGACCGGGUGCUGGUCGACCUGGCCGACGCUAUGCUGCGCGUAGAGGGGCUCAAACGAGCUUAUACCCGCAAGUCUGAGGAGGUAAGGAGAAGCAAACGGGCUGUUGAUGACGCCCAUAAUGUUGCUGACUACUCUUUGUACAUGAAUGGCUUAGAAUCUAAAUCUAUACGCAUGGAACAGGCGGAGAAUACCAAAGCCCUCCAACAGCAGAUUGAUCAGCUGAAAAACCAAGUUGACCAACUGCAGGCGUCCCUAGAUGAUGCCAAUAAAAAGUUGGAGGAACAGACUGAGCCCCUCCAACGGCUGAGCAAGGCGGAGACUGAAAAUGGCCGCCUUGCCAAAGAGAAUGAGCGCCUGCGCAAAGAGGCGACUGCUGCCAAUGAGAACUUCAAGGCCACCUUGGAGUCGGAGCAGGAGAGAAUUAAAGAGCAAUUUAAUGAUUUAUGCACUUAUUACAGUGAAUACUGA